GACUGCGCCUGUCGUCUGAACAACGCGUUGCGCUGCAGUCGAGAUUAAAACUUUGAGACGUCACGUGACCGCCAAUCGAUUUUCCUUGGAAUGCGAUGCCAAGCUCCUCACGUGACGUGGUGAAGUCAAAAUGGCGGAGGAAUGGUAAACAAAGAGACUGAAGCGGCGAUGAAGAAAUAAGCUUCAAGGUUGACCUACCACGGCUUCUGACCUACAGCUUAAAUAGGGCACACCAACACAUAUAUAUAGAAAUUCAGAAUUCAAAUCUCAAUUGUGCUCAUAUCAACAUUGGUCUCCAUGGAGGAAGUGCAGAGCAGAGAACAGGAAGAGGAAAAUACAUCAGAGGACGAAAAUGCUGAUGGACUCACAACGACAAAGAUAAAGAAGUUUUUCAUGGGCACCGACAAGGGCGGUAAGAACGGGACAAAACCCGACGCUAACCGGAAGUCACCGCCAGGCAUCAUGGAGUCGAAUGCGUAUGACUUCCGACAUCCCCGACGUGGUAUCGCCGUCAUAAUCAACAACAAGAAAUUCGUCAACCCUCGACAUCGCCGCGAUGGCUCAGAAAUCGACGUCAUCAGGCUGACAAAGAUGUUUACCUGCUAUGGCUUUGACAUCGUCAUCUACAACGAUCUGACAGUUGAUGAAAUGGUGGCGACACUCAAGAUGGUUGCAUGUUUUCCUGACCACGAGCGAGCUGACUGCUUUGCAUGCGCUAUUAGUUCCCAUGGCGACGAAGUGACCAUCAAGAAGGGUACAGCAGCUCAGGACGCCAUUAUGGGUAUCGGCGGUGACCUUGUCCUUACGAAGGUUCUGCUAGACAUAUUCACAGACGCCAAGUGUCCCGGACUUCGAGGGAAACCAAGACUGUUCUUUAUACAGGCAUGCCGAGGUGAGCUGAUGGAUGAUGGCCAAGAGAUACUGAUAUCUAAACUGACCCUGGCUCCACAAGAUACGGGACAGUGUGCUAUCGACGCUAAAGUGAAAGAGGAGUCAAAGAAGGGGAGUCAUCCUUCUCCGCUCUGUCCCCCCAUCGAUCCUCAUUUCCUGGUGAUGUACGCCUCACCCCCAGGUCACGCAGCCUGGCGGCGCACAGACGGCUCCUGGUUUACAAGAUGUCUCGCGGACACGUUUCUCAGCACCAACGUUGAAACCACCUCUCUCACCAAAGUUCUCACGAGAGUCAGCGGAGCCGUUACGCAACUCCAGUCGAAGGAUGGAAAGAAACAAGUGCCGUGUACUAUUUCUAAACUCACCAAGGACGUGUUCUUCACUGCCAAACGCUACAGCUGAGAAGCGGCGUUACUCGGUUCCAGACACUGCUCUAUACUGGAUACGCCAUUCCGAUGUUCUCAUUUCUUAUCAUAUUAAGUGCAAUAUAUCAGUGUUUCAUUUAUUUUUUUAUAUUCUUUAAAUUUUUGUUACAAAUAAAAUUGUGAUUGGUGA